AUGAAUUUGAUAUCUAUAACCUUACUUGCAAGCUAAAUAGUGUUAUGUUGUUUAAGUUAGUUUAUUUCUGAAGCGAAUCAAUUUUAAUAGCUAGCAUAAAACAGAAUCAUUCAAUAGUAAUAAAACUGCUUAGAUUAUGAUCCGUUGUAUCCUAAUGUUUGCAGAAGAUGUAAAGAUCUAUUAAGCCUUCCUGAUUGCAGUUCUUGCCCUAAAGGAUAUAGCUAUACUGGAGGUGUAUGCAUAAGGUGCUAGCCUGGAACUUUAGAUUGCAACAAUUUGAAAAGUCCUUACUUUUGCUAUAGUGGAUUUAAAGUAAUCUCCAGUAAAUUUUGUAUAUGCUUUCCACCUCUCUUUGGUGUUAGUAAUUGGUGUACAUCAUCAUCAGCCAAUUUGUAUUAUUAUUCUUACUAUUAAUUAGGGGGAUUUAUAGUAAGCAAAUUUAGCGUAUCGAUACUUACAACUAAUAAUUAAAAUGACUAAACAAUGUACUAAUUCAAUACUAAUAAUUGUGGGGUUCUUUCUAAUAUUGCUUCCUAUACAACCAUCUAAAAUACGAUGACUUGCAGAGUUGACCCUGAUCAAAAUAACUUAUUCGUAAUAAAUAUACAAAGCUCAAUUGUGUCUGAUAACAUGCAUCAAAUAAUACCUGAGUUUUCUGUUAAUAAUCUAUAUAUUAACCUUAAUUCAACUAUUUAGCUAGCAAAUAAUAUCACUCUCUAGUAUACAAGUUCUACAUAAAAUAUAUACUUUUAUUUAAAUUAGUUACCUGCUCCUCAGUGUAGUUUUAGAAUGAAUCAAUAUAGAUUUUAGCCAGGAUCAGUUACAAUACCAAUGACAGAUUUAAUAGUAAAUGGUUUUAGCGGAACAACAGCAACUUUUUAAUUGUUAUCUACUACUUCCUAAGACGCAACAGAAUAGUAAAGUAUUCUGAGUGGUCUUUAAAUGUACCCUAAUGAUAUGACCUUUACUUUAAAUAGUAAUACUUUCUCUGAGUAAAACUUACAGCAAACAUAUGUCUUCACUUUUGUUUGCAAUCUUCCAUUUGGUAUCUAAUCAACAAACACAGUUACUAUAAUAAAGGUUUAGCAAUACGAUGUGUCAGUAAGCAUGGCAGCACCUGUAGGGAAUUAUUUAAGCGCUUACUAUCUUCCUACAUACAUUUAUACAAAGUAAGUUUUGCAGUCAAACUAUUUUAUUAUUAAUUAAUAAGAUUAGUUCUACUUAAAUGCAUAAAUCCAAGAUCAAGCUGGAUAAACAAUUUAUACUAACCCUUAAAUUACAGUUAGCGGAACUAACAUCUUCCCUCUGUUAAUAACUCCCACACCUUUUCUGACAUAAAAGACAUAUUAAUUAGCAAUAACAUUAACUUACGUUCAGAACUCUUAGCUUUCUUUUCAAACAAUUAUCCAAAAUAUUGUUGUGAAAUACAAUCCUGCACUUUAUGCAUACAUUUAAGGAGAUAAAUUAUUGAACCUUAACCCUUCUUAAAGCUUAACUUUCAAAUCAAAUAUCCUACCUUCAAGUAGCUCUUAAACUUUCUAAAAUUGGAAUAUUUUUUCUACAAGCUCAUAAAAAUUCAUUUAUAACUCUGAUUAAACAAACAGCUUAACUUUACCUUUCACUCAAAACUUUUUUAAUGUAUCUGAAACGUAUAUUAUGGAGUUUGAUUUGUAAAGUAACUCUGAUAGCUCUUUUCAUUACUAUGCAGUGCGUCUUAUUUCCAUGCUUGAUUCAAAUAUGCAAGUUAUCUAUCUUCAAGAUUAUGACCUUUAUGGGUUAAAUAACUAAGAUCUUUUUUCUUUUACAGAAAUUUAUCCUGCUUAAAAUUAAUUUAAUAGAAUUACUAACUCUCACUAUUUUACAAUAACUUACUGGUAUAAGGAUAGUAUAGGCAAUACUCACAUGGUAUAGAAGAACUCGACAGUUUAAAGCUAUCCAUAAUUUUAUUUCACAUGGGCAUAAUACAUGCCUAAUAAUCCUUCUUUUGUCUAACUCAACUUUUUUGUUGAUGAUUCUAAUAAAAACCAAAUAGGACUAAGUAAAAAGUAUGUAUUCAAAACACUUCCCGUUCCUAUAAAUUGCCUUAAUUUGGAAAGCAGUGCAGUCGGAGGAGAAAUUGCAUUUUCAAGUUAGAUUACUUUUACCAUUAAUGGUUGUUAAUCUCAAUACUAAGAUGGAGUUCUCUACUAUUAAUUUUACUACUAUCUCUCUGAUAAAGAACAAAAAUAGGAAAGUGAAUAAACUCAGAUUCCAAAAUCGUUCUCAAGAAGAUAUCUAAGUAACUUCUAAACUUAAAAUACUAUAACAACCAUUUUACCUCCAGGAAAUCUAUAUAUCUAAAUGUACGUUGAUGUUAUGGAUUCUCACAAAGGAAUUUUUACAUCCGUAGUCAGACUUAAAUUGGCAAAUCCAGGAUUUACUUAAGAUUAAUAUGAAGCAUUUAUCUUAUAAUAGUAAACUUUAAUUGAUAAUUAUAAUGCAACCCAGCAGUACUAAGCAGAGCUUAUAAAUAUUGGUAUAACUAUAGAAGCUUUUAUAAAUUACGAAGGAUUAAAUCCCACCCAAACUCCUAGCUAAUUAAUUAUUGCAGCUAAAUAAGAUAUUAAAAAUUAAACCUUGGCGUUACCUUUAGAACUUCCAUCUAAUAUUCAAAAUUUUAAUCUACAGGAAUUCAUAUUUAGGUGCUUAAGCAAACUUUAUUAAACCUUACAUGCUCCUGAUAGCGAUAAUUUGGUUAAUAGGGUAAACGAUGUUUAUACUACGUCUAGGUCUAAACGUGAAAAAGUAUAACUACUAGGUGAUUUCUAACAAUCAGCUAAAUUCACGUUUAUUCAACAAAUGUUUGCUUCAUUAAGUAUUUUGAACACAACGUUAACAGCAAUAUAUAAUCAACCUCCUUAAAAUAAUAUAACAUAUUUUGGAGAUUUGUAAGUAAAUAGCUUAGCCACUGCUUAGUUAUUGAUUUCUUAAUCUCUAAAUGUUAAUUAGUAAAUAGUUGUUUGGAAUUCAAGUUAUGUUAAUUUAACAAUGUAAAGAGUUGAUAGUUAGUAUUUGAUUUAAAAUUAUCUUGUUAACUAAGGAGUAACUCCGACAACAACCUUUGACCCUAAUGCGAUUUAUGAUGUCUUGCUUUAAUUUUGGAAAUCAAAUGUUUACGCCCUUGAACCUUCAUAUACUGCGAUAAAUUAACCUUAUCUUAGUAACGCAACAGCAGCAUAAAAGUUAGAAUUGCAAAGAGUGUUUCCUGCUAUUGAACCACAAUAUUAUUCAAAUAUGAAUGAAGCUGUUCAGAAUAGAAGAAGAAUGCUGAUUGUAUUAAAGUAAGCAAAUUUAGUCCUUCCUUAAAAUACAGGAUUGUAAUAUAAUUUUGACUCUGUCUAAGGAACAGGAUAAGUAAAAUGUCUCCAAAGAAUAUCAGAUAAAUGGAGUAAUUCUACUUGCUCCACAACUAAACAGAAUAAUACUGAUGGAACUUUUGCAAUUUAAUGUCAAUGCACUUCUCCAAGCUAUACCACACUUAUUACUGAUGCAGAAUAAUUGUUUACCUAAAAUAAAAAUCUCUAAGAAGCAUUGAGCACAAAAGGCAUCAUCUCGAUAGUUGAGAAAAAAAAUUGGUAUGAGUAUGCUGCCGUUUAUGUAAUUAUGACAACUAAUAUAGUGAUGGCAGUAUCAAUAUUUGCAGCAGUUAAAAUAGAUAAAAUUUCUUUGUAGAUAGGAGGCGAUGUGUUAGCAAUGAAUUUUGUUUAAAGUGUAGCAAACAGAGUUUAACCAAUAAGCAUUGAAGAGAAAUAAAAAAAAGGCAGAAGCAGCAUUAAAGAUGAUGAUUUACGAAAAUGUGUUAUUAACUAAUAGGUAUUAGGAAAUAUUCAAAAGAAUCUGUAAAUGAAUUCAGAUUAAAAACAAGAAGAUGAUUUUGAUGUCAUUCAACUAUAAGAUCAAAUCGAAAAGAAACCUAAUGCCAAAUAAGAUAACAGAAUUAAUUUUAGUGAACAACAAAAAGAUUAAGUUGAAAGCGUUUUGCAUAUGAGUGAAUAUUGCUAAAAAAGUGUAGGUACACCUUAGUUAGAUAAUAUUAAGCAAUUCAACAUAGAAAAUAAUAUGCUAGCCUUAGAUUUAAAUAAAGUUGAUCAUGAGAAAAAUGUUAGCAGCUAAGCAACACAUCCUAAAGUAGACUAUAUGUUUUAGGAUAAUUUUUCAGUAAACAGCAUCUUAAAUAUGAAUUCGAAUAAAAACUCUAAAAGAAGCAAAAACAAUAUUAUAAACAGGAAAAGUAAAUUAGCGUAAUUUCAUUAACCUUAUAAUCAAAAAUUGAAUUUUAAUUCUGUUGAAAACACUCCUACUUUGAAAGGUGUUCCUCAUAAUGUAGAUACUCAAAUAGCUCAAAGCCAAGAAACAUAAUUAAAUAAUAAACAUGGAGAAAUCAUAGACAGCUCACCUUAAAUGCUAAUAAGCUAAGCAAAUAACAAUGAAGCAAACAAAGAAAGUGCUUCUACCAUUAGCCAUUUUGAUGAAACUUCGAAUUAAUAAAGAUAGAAAGAGAGAUCAACUAAUUACAUGAAUAGUGUUUCUGUUUACAAAGGAAUUGCCUAAUAUAAUGUGGACCAUGGCAAUAAAUACUACGUUUGGAUCUGA